AAACGGGUUUAAUUACGCACUUUACGGGCGGGGAGGGGUACGCACUUAAGAUGCUACCAAUGGUGGUAAUUCCGAUCCGACAGGUUCGAAAAUUAAGAAAUCGCGACGUUGCUUCCAUCGUCUCGAAUCGGGUGAACAGCAACAAGGAAGAGCAAUACUUGGUAAAAUGGUCUUCCAGCAAACCAACCAGCUAUCCUGUCUUCUCUUGGCAUACUUCCCAGGAGCUAGUCAAUUGUUUGGAGCUACUCCAGGAUCACCUAGAGGCGAAGCAGACCCACUCUUCCCGAAAGAGAAAAUCUCCAGACAGCGACGUUGAGGUCGAACGUCGAGCCUCUCCAUCUACCCGUUUACUACCCUCAAGCCGAGCGUCUUCCACCUCAUCGACUGAGCGAUCAUCAGUAUCAUCUGGGCGAACGAUCAAUCCUGAGAUCAAGGUAUACAAUGGAGUUCUCGAGGAGUCCGAAGGGGCUAUCAAGGCAAAGAGUGUGACUCGACCUGACAUCCCACGCAUCAGUGUCGCCAAUAUGCCUACUCCAGAAAUGGUUCAAACGGCAAGAAGCUCAAGCACGUAUACGGCAGAGAAUAUGAUCCGCAACGAAAUCCUCCAGCGUCUCCGAGCUCUUCCAGGAGCCAAGAUCCACCUAUCGAAUGUUCAUGACCGCUCCGCCCCGUCUCUCCGCUUUAAGUUUAUCUCGGAAUCCGUGCUCCAAGAAGGUGUCUUCAAAGCAGACCCGGCGACGCAAAUCGGCUGCCAGCAAUGCCGGCCGCACAUGGGCAGACACAUCGGGUGCGAGUACACGAAGAAAUGCGACUGUCUUGAGUAUGCUUCUGUCGACGAAUCCCGGCUUUCGGACGAGCAGAAGAAGGAGUACAGGAUUAUUCGAGAACAAGGGGGGUCGACGAUUGGACUGCCGAAGAAGUUUCCUUACUACGCGGACGCAACGAAUAGGACUGGUUGCUUGGUGCCAUUCUACCUCAAGUCGCGGAAUCCGAUCUACGAGUGCAACGAUAGCUGUGCGUGUGGCGCGUUCUGUCGGAACAAGAACGUGCAGCGUGGUCGGCACGUUGAGCUGGAGAUCUUCAAGACGAAAAAGAGAGGUUGGGGCCUCCGCGCCAAACAAGACCUCCGCGAAGGCGAAUUCAUCGACACAUACCGCGGUGAGAUCAUCACAGACGAAGAAGCCACCCGUCGUGAGGAGAGCGGAGGUAAGGCGAAGGCGAGCUACCUCUACUCCCUGGACAAGUUCGCAGAAUCGGAAGGGCUAUCUCAGGAAGAGCUCUACGUCAUCGACGGAGAAUACAUGGGUGGACCGAUCAAGUUUAUGAACCACUCCUGCGAGCCGAAUUGCAGACAGUACACUGUCUCUUACAAUAAGCAUGAUUGUAAAGUUUACGAUAUCGCGAUCUUCGCCUGUCGCGAUAUCCCAGCGAUGGAGGAGCUCACCUUUGACUAUCUGGAUAAGGACGAGGAGGAGGAGAAUGAAGAAGAUGCGGAGUCUUCACAGCCUAGUCAAGAAUCGGUGCCGUGUCUUUGUGGUGCGAAGAAGUGCCGGAAGUGGCUGUGGACUUGAAGCUUAACGGCAUGGCAGCGAUAGAUGGCAUACUGGAUAUGGUGGGCACGACUAUAUCUUGAUCUGAAGGAGGAUUCAGACACCUAUCAAUUGGAGGUGUGCAUACUGGAUUGCUUUUCUUUCUUGCUUUUUCAUUUUCUCUCUCAUCUUAUUGGUCGCAUCUCCUUAGCUCACGACAAAAUGAACACUCUCGGGACUUAUUGACUGGUUGAAUCAAAAAAGGCACCU